UCGUCCUCCGCCCACUCCCGUCGGUCUCCCGGCGGCGGCGGCUUUGUCUCCCGGGCAGGCCUCCCUCCCCCAGCAGCAGCCCAGGGAGGGAGCGGAGGAGCUGUCCGGCAUCCCGGUGCUGAAAGCCGGAGCGCCGGCCCUGCUCCACCAUGUAAGGGGUCAUGCCCAGGCUCGCCCUGGCGCAGCGCGGACAUGGAGGAGGACCUGUUCCAGCUCAGGCAGUUGCCGGUGGUGAAAUUCCGCCGCACAGGAGAGAGCGCAAGGUCAGAGGACGACGCAGCUUCUGGGGAGCAUGAUGUCCAGAUCGAGGGGGUCCGAGUGGGCCUAGAAGCAGUUGAGCUGGAUGAUGGGGCAGCUGUGCCCAAGGAGUUUGCCAAUCCCACCGAUGACACUUUCAUGGUGGAAGACGCGGUGGAAGCCAUUGGGUUUGGAAGAUUUCAGUGGAAGCUCUCUGUUCUCACUGGCUUGGCUUGGAUGGCGGAUGCCAUGGAGAUGAUGAUCCUGAGCAUCCUGGCACCUCAGCUGCACUGCGAGUGGCGACUGCCCAGCUGGCAGGUGGCGCUGCUGACUUCGGUGGUCUUCAUCGGCAUGAUGUCCAGUUCCACGCUCUGGGGAAACAUCUCGGACCAGUACGGCAGGAAAACAGGGCUGAAGAUCAGCGUGCUCUGGACCCUGUACUAUGGCGUCCUCAGUGCUUUCGCGCCCGUGUACAGCUGGAUCCUGGUACUCCGAGGCCUGGUGGGCUUUGGGAUUGGAGGAGUGCCCCAGUCGGUGACGCUGUAUGCCGAGUUCCUUCCCAUGAAAGCCAGAGCCAAGUGCAUCUUGCUCAUCGAGGUCUUCUGGGCCAUCGGGACGGUGUUCGAGGUCCUCCUGGCUGUGUUUGUGAUGCCCAGCCUGGGCUGGCGCUGGCUGCUCAUGCUCUCCGCUGCCCCACUGCUCCUCUUCGCCGUCCUGUGUUUCUGGCUGCCAGAGAGUGCUAGGUACGACGUGCUGUCUGGGAACCAGGAAAAGGCGAUUGCCACCUUAAAGCGGAUUGCAACAGAAAAUGGAGCCCCCAUGCCACUGGGAAAGCUCAUCAUCUCGAGACAGGAAGACCGAGGCAAAAUGAGGGACCUUUUCACACCCCACUUCCGCUGGACAACUCUGCUGCUGUGGUUUAUAUGGUUCUCCAACGCCUUUUCCUAUUACGGCUUGGUCCUGCUCACCACGGAACUCUUCCAGGCGGGCGAUGUCUGCAGCAUUUCCAGCCGGAAGAAGGCAGUGGAAGCCAAAUGUAGCCUGGCCUGUGAGUACCUGAGCAAGGAGGAUUACAUGGACCUUCUGUGGACCACCCUGUCUGAGUUCCCAGGUGUCCUUGUGACUCUGUGGGUCAUUGACCGCCUGGGCCGCAAGAAGACCAUGGCCUUGUGUUUCAUCAUCUUCUCCCUCUGCAGCCUCCUGCUGUUCAUCUGCAUCGGAAGAAAUGUGCUCACCCUCCUGCUCUUCAUUGCAAGAGCAUUUAUUUCCGGAGGCUUCCAAGCGGCCUAUGUUUACACGCCUGAGGUGUACCCCACGGCGACAAGGGCAUUGGGCCUGGGCACCUGCAGCGGCAUGGCGAGAGUGGGUGCCCUCAUUACUCCGUUCAUCGCUCAGGUGAUGCUGGAAUCUUCUGUGUACCUGACCUUGGCUGUCUACAGUGGCUGCUGCCUCCUGGCUGCCGUAGCCUCCUGCUUUUUGCCCAUUGAGACCAAAGGCAGAGGACUUCAGGAGUCCAGCCACCGGGAGUGGGGCCAGGAGAUGGUUGGCCGAGGGACAAACAGUGCGGGUGUCCCCAGGUCGAACUCUGGCUCUCAGGAGUGACCCCCUCGGGUUGAGCUGGUCUUUGAGGCUCAGAGCCCAGGAGCUGUCAGAGCACAGCUGGGCGGCUUACGGUCACUGCCGGCAGCAAGAACUUACCCGAGAGCGUGAUGUGGACCGACAGGGUUUUGUGUCUUCACUGUGUUUGGCCAUGUUCAUGAAGGGUCACCCACCCCGGGAAGAUGGGGAGGCAUUCACUCCAGGGGUUUCUCUGUGAUGGGGGAAGGUUUGUACGUCACUGUGGAUCUGCAUGGGGGAAAACGCUACUGUGGGAGGGUCCCAGUUUGCUCAGGGCCAGCUGAGCUGAUGUCAUAUAGCUACCCAGCCACACCCUUGGAGAGCCACCGCCCAGAGAUCUCCAUGGACACAGUCUGGGCCCAGACCCCCGUGAAACCUGUCAUUUUGUCUAAGAGGUUUCUCCUGCACCCUGGCCCCAGGAAUUCCUUGGGAUUAAGGUGAACCAGUGUCUGCCUGGAUCCUGAAAGGCCAGCUGCUUCCUUGGCUGGGCCCCUCCUGAUCCCUCUCCAGGGCCUGCUGGGUAGAGACUGGCAGAUGAAUGUGGAUUUGAAUUUGAGCCAAGCAGCCCCCACCGACCCUUUCUGCAGUCUCUGUCUCUGGCUGUAGAGGGUCCUAGGGAGAGCUAGGUACUCGCCAGGUGAUAGACUCAGAAAACAGCCACCCCACUCCCCAACCGGGAAAUUGGAGAGUGAGGCCCAGCGGAGGGGAGACUCACGCCCAAAAGCCAAAGCCAGAGCUUCCUGAAGCAGUUAAGGCCCUUCUGGGAACUCCCUUUUGGCCCCUUCCUCAGCCCUCCUGGAUGGGGAGUUCCCAUUUACUCAGGCUCCCCAACUUUGCAGAUGGCAGCGUGGGCUGAGGGAUCUCCAGGGCGAAGCAGCACAGGCAGGCCCACUCAGUCUUGGGACCAGGAACCCGUUGCCCUUUCUGGGUCUGCCUCUGCUUUCUCUAAUGUUCCUCUAUCAAGGGCAGCGCUGUCCCUAGAGAGGCAGAUCCAGGAAGGGUGCCCCUGGCAGGAGGAGAACCAGCAAAGUCCAUGUCAGAGUGAGAGGGGAGGCCAUUGUCUUGGCCUCAGGAGGAAGGACUGAGGUAGGUCUCCGAAGUCCUUGUGGACUCCCAGAGUCCGGGAAACGUGAGUCUUCUCCCAAGAUUCAGGAAGGAAAUGCACGGGGCAGGAAGGAAACUGCCAGGGCCCAUCAAAGGCCGGAGGAAACCAACCCACUGCU